UUUCCUUCUUUUUCUCUUUGUUCUCCCAGCAUUUUUUCCGUUCCAGAGUUUAUUCAAAUCGACAGCACAGCAAAAAUAAACCUUAUCACAGAAACCGCACCACUCACACACCUGAAAGGCCGAAUAAAAAGAUUCUCUCUUUUUUCUUUUUUCUUUUUCUUUUUCUUUUUCCUUUUUAUUCUUUUUAUUCUUCUUGUUUUUCUUUUUCAUAUUUUUCAAUCAUUCCCUAGCCACUCAUAAAAAAAAAAAUUAAAAAAAUUAAAAAAAGAUCGCCAUGGAAUACUUCAACACAACGACAAUCACCUCCAUGGCCGCUGGUGCAGUAAUAGGGGCCUAUUUAGUGUACUCCCACAUGAUCGAGCCUCAACAUACACAAACAAAGGAGGUCGACAAAUCCCUUUUGAUCGUCAACAAUGAAAAAGUCGAAACGCUGCAGAAAGCCCUCCAAGCCAAGGAAUCAGAUUAUCUUGCUGCAGAGGCUCGUGUAGCUAAAGCAGAACAGAGGAUCCAAGAACUCGAAAGCAAGAUCGAAACAGACACACAACUGACAGUAGAAGAAUCCAUCAAGAAAUCCGACCCACAGAUGGAGGCCAAGCUCGAAUCCCUCAGUAUUACGAACAAAUCCCUCGUCCUCCAACUCUCACAAGAGCAAGACAAACUCAGGUUGAUGAUGGUGGAGAUGCAAGCCUUGAAAGAUGAAUCUGCUGCUUCGAUU